CCGCACAUUCUCUGAGCGAGAGCGAUGCGCAUGGGCACUCGGCCCAUUUGCUUAUCGGAGUGCCAGUGGAUUAUCUAAUGUCUAAAUGAGCAUUAGGACAUGCUGCACUCUCAUCCGUCUGAAACACUCAGCCUGACAGCUCACGGUCAGCAUGUCUAACCUGCAAGGAGAUCUGUGAAAUCUGGAGAGCGGCUUUGCAUCACCAAGGGAGAGAAAUAUCAUUUUAAAUAUGCUGAAGAAUUGAGUAAAGAAGACUAAAGGACAUUUUGGUUUAUUUACUUUUUUUGGAUUAUUUUUUAGGACAGACUUCUGACUGAACCCUGCCAACUUUCCAUCAUUUCCAGCCUUCUGAAUAGUGAAAAUUUUUUCAUCUUUCUCUGCUUUUUGCUUUGAGAUGGAUAUCUAAGAGUGGAACUUACAAUACAGAGCAAAAGAACAGUUGCUGUAAAUACGCUGGAGAACUUUUGCUUGUUUUGCCACUUAUUUAUUUGCUUAAUUUUUUGUUUUAGAAAAAAAUUUGUAACGUUUGUCCUCUGUCUUAACAUAAAAGUGAAAGAAUCUUACUAUCCCUUUCUUGAAGAGCUGCUUUACAGUAUAGAUUGUAUUUACUCCAAAAAUUGAAGAAUUUUUUUUUUUCUUUAUUAGAAGAAAAACACUUCUAAUGUCCCUUUUUGAUUUUAUUUCAUUUUUUUCUUCCACUUUUCAUUUUUUUAAGAACUUUGUCCUCAAACAUCAGGCAAAGACCUCUAAUGCUGAAUUUCCGUGCUUUUCGUUUUAUAAUUGACAUCUAAGAUCUCUGUGAGACAGCGAUCUCCGUGGGACGUCAGUGUGUCGGGUUUGUGUUUCAGUAAAAGAUCUUUGGCCACAAGACCGAUAUCACAGAUGACUGUAACCCCGCACCAGAAGAUAGCGUUCUGAUCCUGUGCUCACGCUGCAGCAGGAACAGCUAGACUGUCCUACUGAGAACUCUGUGAACGCCACAAAUCAACCAGAAGUCCUUGUUCUAGCCAGUGGGACCAUGUAUGUGUUGUGCACACUUGUGCUGCUGUCCAUCCACAACCUUUUUAAAAGAUCUAGAGAACUGGAGGCCCCUGAGGCUGUAGAGGAAUCUGAGAAGCCCAAGCAGGAGGCACCUCCAUCAAGCCACAGGAGGAGAGCAAAACACUCCCUACCUGGAAGCUCUGGAGCUCCGAAUGGUGGUCGUACAGGCAGCAGGGCUGGAGCCAAUGGCCGAAAGAAAUCGAGCAGGACAGAACAUCUGGGGAACGCACCUGGCCGCACCAAGAGAGUCCAGCCGGUCCAGCGGUGUGGUCUCCUCGGCCCGGCGGUCAUGUUCGGCACACGGAAGACCUGGGACCUCGGCCACACCCCCUGCCUGCCGCAGCUCUGGAACCAAGACCUCUCAUUGGAUGCAAGUUCAGUGGAUUUCCUGAUGAGCAAUGGUGAAGAGGACUUCUUGCCGUUGCCUAACACAGUCCUCCAGCGCCACUCUUUGACCUCCGACCUUUCCGAUCCUCCUAUCUCAGAACAGCAGCUGCUCAUACAGAAGGUCACUUGGUCUUGUUCCUGGACAUCUGCCUACGCACUACAAGAGAAAGUGUUCCAAGCUCGUUUGUGUAGCGAAGACGCCGCCAAAAGAUUGCUUCUACAGCAGCUCCAAACGCAGGAGGUGUACCAAGACCACGCAGCCAGACAAGACCAACCAGAACUCAGCCUUGAGCAUCAGUACACCAACCAGGAGCCUGUAGAACUGCCCAGCCUGCAGGAGAACCAGCUCAACCAAGCUGAUUUCAUCACAGGUCUAAGGCGAUCAAGUGCAGGAUCAGAGAUUCUACAGGAUCAUCCUGAGCCCGCUUGGGAGAGGAAAGUUCAUCCACAGCACCCUCUGCUUGAAGAGGAGGCCCAACAGCUUGCUCUCAUCACAGGGCUGCACACACAGAUUGAGGAGCUGGAGAAGAAAUUGUUGGACCAGACGCAGGAGGUGGAGAGACUGCGCUCUGAGCUGGGGGCGACAGACCUGGAAAAGCAGCUGGAGGUGCUAGAGAGUGAGAACCAGCGGCUCAAACAGGAGCUGAGAGCCAGCUAUGCCCACAAGCCACCAGCCACCUGCUCCAGCUCUGCCUGCCCUCACAGCCAGGAUGCGGAGGUCUUUCGGACAGAGCUCUCUCGCCGUGAGGAGCAGUGCCAUGAGCAUGAGCAGCGGCUGGCUAUGCUGGAGCAGCAGGUGCAGGAACGGACGGUCCUGGUGGCGCAGCUGCAGGAGCAGCUGGAGGAGGCCUCACGGCGCAGGCACGAGAUCCAGCAGCAGUUAGAAGAGGCCUUACAAUGCAGGGCUGAGAGUGAUGAGCGGCUCACCGCUCAGCUCAGAGAUGCAGAAGAAGCCCUCAGCCGCCAGGCUGCAGCACCUCCACAGGUCAAGUAUGUAACUAAGACAGUAGAGGUGGAGUCCGCUCAGUGUAAGCAGGCUCUGGUGGAUGCUCAGGCUCGUAACCAGGUUCUCCAGGAGCAGCUGGGGGUCCAGAGGGAGCUCCUCCGAGAGUUGGAGCAGCAGCUGCAUGAAAGCCAAAGGACCAGCAGCCACUUACGCCAGCAGAUCCUGGUGUAUGAGGGUGAGAUGGAGCGAGCUCAAGGCCAGCUGGAGGCAGAGCUGCAGAGUCUGGAGGAGGAGAAGAACAGAGUGAUAGAGGAAGCCUUCAUCAGAGCCGAGAGUGAAAUGAAGGCUGUGCACGAGAACCUCGCAGGUGUGCGAAUGAACUUGUUGACCUUGCAGCCUGCUUUGAGGACACUCACCUGUGACUAUAACUGUCUGAAGAGACAGGUGCAGGACUUUCCUUAUAUGCUGGAGAAGGCUAUUGCUGAAGCCAAACAGGAGAUCUGCCAGGUCAUUGGGGAAGUGAGCAGUGCUAACCAGGAGCUGCUUCGCAAAUACAAGAGGGAGAUGAACCUGAGGAAAAAGUGCCACAAUGAACUGGUGCGCCUGAAAGGAAACAUUCGGGUGUUCUGCCGGGUUCGUCCCAUGUGCCAGGAAGAAGCAGAGUCUGACAGCAAGAACAUGGUGACCUUUGACCCAGACGAUGAUGCUGUGCUCUACCUCUCCAAUAAGGGCAAGCUCAUGACAUUUGAACUGGACAAAGUUUUUCCCCCUCAGGCCACACAGGAGGAGGUGUUUCAGGAAGUGCAGUCCCUUGUCACAUCCUGCAUAGAUGGCUAUAACGUGUGCAUCUUUGCUUAUGGUCAGACAGGCUCUGGAAAGACCUACACCAUGGAGGGCAUUCCUGAGGACCCUGGCAUUAACCAGCGAGCCCUCCGCCUGCUCUUCUCUGAGGUGUCUGAGAAAAAGCCUGACUGGGACUACAACAUCACUGUCAGCAUGGUGGAGAUUUACAACGAGACGCUGCGGAAUCUUUUAGGAGACAACCCGAGCGAGAAACUGGACAUUAAGAUGUGUCCAGAUGGAAGUGGUCAGCUGUAUGUCCCAGGCUUGACAGAAUUCACAGUGGAGAGCGUGGAGGAUAUUAAUAAGGUGUUUGAACUGGGUCACAUGAACCGGGCGACAGCAUGCACCAACCUGAACGAACACAGCUCACGUUCUCACGCUCUCCUCAUCAUCACUGUUGUCGGCUUCAACUCCUCCACAGGACACCGAACUUCAGGUAAGCUAAACCUGGUGGAUUUGGCAGGUUCUGAGAGAAUCGCUAAAUCAGGUGCUGAAGGAAGCCGCCUGCGCGAGGCACAGUGCAUCAACAAGUCCCUGUCGGCCCUCGGUGACGUCAUCAAUGCUCUGCGCUCCCGGCACUCGCACGUUCCUUUCCGCAACUCUCGCCUCACAUACCUGCUCCAGGACUCGCUCAGUGGAGACAGCAAAACGCUCAUGGUUGUGCAGGUCUCUCCUUUAGACAGUAAUAUCAGUGAGUCCGUCUGCUCUCUGAAGUUUGCUCAGCGCGUUCGCACUGUCGAGCUCGGCCCAUCCUCUUCCUCACGAAGACAUGCAGAGAAUUCCUCAACAUCUUCCUCACCUACUCAUGAUAGUGUGGAGCUGGACUCUCCUCCAGUGACCCCAGUGCCCCUCCCCAUCUCCAGAGCCAGCAGUGCAGGCUCUACUCUGUCCUCCAGCUCCAAAAGCACUAGCACACGUAGGAGGUCCCAAAGCCAGCUCGCUACAGACAGACAGGUAGACAGAGGCAGCCCAUUGGUUGGGAACAGUGGGCAGGACGAAUGAAGAUAACUGUAUAACACUACUACAAAGUCGUAGUGCUGAGAGGCUGCCUUCAAGUACCAUCCCCUAAACUCCAUCCACCAAUGAAACCCUCUCUUCUGAGGAGUACGCCAAUAGAGGACUUUCAUUUCAGACCUGAGGGCUGGAGACGAACCAAACCGGCUAAUCAGGGUCAUGCACGGUAUCUAUAGGAAAUUGUUAGUGGGAAAAACUUGACUUGAAGUGACAGCUGAUGACUGACGAAUCUGCACUCCCUCUGACCUCUCGGCCGCACCUGCUGGCUCAGGGACGUGAAGACAUUUUCUUAUUUCAUUCGCAGUGUUUGUUGACGUUUAAUGCACUUUAGCACAGGCUGAUCUUACCAUUUGUGGUGUUCAACUAUCCAGUCCCAUUUAAAGUAUCACAUGACUGGUAUUGAUUUUUUUUAAUGUAUGUGUCUGUGUUUAUUAUUUUUUGACCGAGCUCAUGGUCAUUUUUUUCAUCAACCAAGGUCCUUUUAUUUUAAGCACAAGAACAACAAACUCGUACUUCCAAAAAGCGCUAAGCUUUAAUAUGUUUCUCUGUGCUUGUGACAAUAAGCAAUACUACAGGCUGAGAUUGGCCUCUCCAGUAGCAGAUUGUUUUUUUUGUUUUUUUCUUUUUUGUGUGUAUAUUUGGCAUCUUGAAAGCCAAGCGAAGAAGUCUUCCUGAUAUAAGCAUGUGGAUGUAGUGUCAGAUCUGUCUGCUCAUGCUCCAUCUGUUCGACAAUCAGUGUAGCAGUGUACAAACAGUGAAACUGGCCCAUCAAGCGCAUAACUUAUUCUGCAGUUGCUGUAAAUAGGAAUGCUCUGAAUUUUUAGCCCAGCAUAAUUUCCUCGGUGGAUGCAAGUUUUCAGCUGAACUCUUCAUCUGAAGCGUAUCGCUGAGAGAGAACUGUCAUUGGACUUGGGUUUCUGCUUGCUUCUAUUCGUGAUGUAGGUUUGUAUGCAUUUUUGGUUUUGUACACUUUUUAAUAAAUGCCAUAAACAUG